AUGGAUCAGCUCUUCGGCCAGUUCGGAGGCCGAUGGGCCACCAUCAACGCCAUGGCCCUAUUAUUAUGGACCAUAAUAAUACCGCUCAUCACGCCCUCCGUCCUCGUCACGGCGCACCCUCCAGCACCUCUACUGGCACACCACACCGCGCGCGCGGCGCUGGCGGACGGCGUGCCCCUCCGCAUCCUCCCGCUGGGCGACUCCAUCACGUGGGGGUACGGGUCGUCGGACGGCAACGGGUACCGGCAGCACCUGCGCUGCCUGCUGCUCACGGACGGGCGGACGGUGGUGUACAACGCGGCCGUGGACGAACUGGUGAGGACGCACCAGCGGCAGGGCCACCGCGUGCUCGGGGCCGACAUGUAUCCGGCGCUGCACGCGGGCGCCGACCUGGGCAACGGCCUGCACCCCAACGACGCCGGCUACGCCAAGAUGGCCACCGUGUGGUACAGCGCCCUCGUGGAUGCGGCCGGGCGCGGCUGGGUCGAGACGCCGGCGGAGCUGCCGUCGGGCGCCGAAGCGUGCGACGGCUAUCUGUACUGGGAUCCCGUCUACGGCGCCGUGACUAGACCAUGGGAAGAGGACUUCGUGCACGUGGCCGAUCUGGACGGCGAUGGUCGGGACGACUAUGUCUGGGUGGAUGCCGACUCUGGCGCGGCGGUGCUGUACCGCAACACGGGCGACUUUGGCAAUUGGGAGAAGGUCGGCCAGGUGGCCAGCGGGAUCGGCGCCGGCGAGGGGGUCCGUGUACGCUACUACCGCAAUGGAGGCCGCGCCAAUGCCGACGGCGGCGGGAAUACUAAUAAGUGGAUGUGGUACGACGAAGAUAUCACCGUCAGCAGGAAGGGCGACGGCGAGGAUCUCAUCUUUGCCGACCUCGACGGAGACGGGCGCGCCGAUCUCGCCCGUCCGCGGCCAGUACGGCGCCCUCGCAAGAUACCUCAACGUCGGGGCCGGGGUCAAGCCCAGCUUCCAGGCCAUGGGCACCCUUGCCACGGGCGACAGCGACGGCAAGACCGACUACAUUGUCAUUGCCAACGCGACGUCGGGCGCCAUCAGGCUGUGGCAGAACCAGGGGUCCGGCUCCGCCUACCGCGCCGGCACAAUGUCUUCCUUGCCGACCUCGACGGCGACGGCAAGGACGACUACCUGGUCGUCAGCCCUGCCGGCGCCAUCGAAGCGUACGUGAACGGCGGUACGGCGGGCGGCUCCAAGUGGAUUUGGUAUCCCCGGGGCCAGGUGGCGUCCGGCGUGGCCAAGCGGGCCAACAUCAGCGGCUGGUUGCUCGCCGACAUCGACGGCGACGGGAAGGCAGACUACCUUGUCGUCGACCCCUUGAACGGCGCCGUGACUAUGUACCGCAACGGCGGGCCCGGCAGCACCAAGUGGAUCUGGUUCCCGGUCGAGCAGCCCAUCGCCACGGGCGUCGACUACAACGGCUAUGCCGUGCGGUUCGCCGACCUCAACGGCGACGGCCGGGCAGAGUAUCUGGGGCUGGCCAUGGGCAACGGCGCGCUGCAGAUGUGGUACAACGGCUGCACCGGCGACGAGCCCGACCCGCGGAGCGGGCCCCCGGCCACGCUGCAGGACCCGAUCCACGGCUACGGCGACGGCAAGCGGUGCCGCACCGACGUGUACGACCGGCUCGAUGACAUCCCGGCCACCGACAUGUUCGACUCGUCGCGGCCCAACUCGCAGUUUGUCGACAUGGCGAACCAUGCCAUCCGCGACUGGACGCGCGACAACGGCGACUACUGGUUUGACUGCACCGUCACCGAGCGCGUCUACUGCUGCAGCAACUGCAAGCUCGUCGUCGAGAAGGACCACCCGGGGCGGUGCAAGUACUGCGUCGCGCGCGGCUCCGACGACUCCGACGACGAAUGCCACAUGGACCUCCCGAGCGCCGAUGCGCCCUUCUCAUUCCGCAACGUGUCGGAGCGCUGCCCGCCCAACUACGACGACCGCGGCGUCGGCGGCAACGGCCGGCAGUCGGUCUACUGGCGCAUCCGCGACGGCAAGUCGUGGGCGAACAUGGCCGCGCAGGCCGAGCACGACGUCGGCAUCAACGCCACCUUCGACUGGUGGUACCGCGCGCCCAUGAUCACGCGCGACUACUCGGCCCGCGACGUGGCCAACCCCAAGGCCUUCCUCGAGCUGGCCAUCCCCGCAUACCGCACGACGCCGCAGGACCCGGACGGCAUCGCGCACGACCUGCGCGCCAACUGGUUCCGCAUCGACGGCGACCGCGUCGACCCGGCCGAGUACCCGUGGGUCGUGUCCGUGUUCGCCUCGUCGCUCAACGAGAACAUCGUCGGCAUGCGCGAGAUCGUGCGCCUGGCCGACGAGAUCGACGAGCAGGAGCGGCAGCGCGUCAUCACCAUGUGGCUGAGCAUCGUCGCCCUGGUGCUGCCGCUGAUCGGCCCUUACGUGGCGCCCUCGGUCGGCUUCCUGGGCACCUGCCUGGCCGCCAACUUCGUCCGCAACGUGCUCACCGCGGGGCGCGUGCUGACCUCGUGGGGCCUGGCCAUCUACGACCCGGACAUGAUCCCGCUCAUCCUGUUCACCGCCUUCGUUCACGGCGGCAUCACCGUCAAGACCAACAUGGCCCAGAUGGGCUACUACAUCCGCUUCCGCCACGCCGUCCUCUACAACACCAUGGGCGGCGCCCUGAAGGUCAACCACGACUGGCUGGCCUCGUAUCUCUCCACCCUCGAGCAGAUUGCGUUGUACUACUAG